AUGGAUGGAUGGAUGGAUGGAUGGAUGGAUGGAUGGAUGAUGGAUGGAUGGAUGGAUGGAUGGAUGGAUGGAUGGAUGGAUGGAGGGAUGGAUGGAGAGGAAGAAAGACAGACUGACUCUGACAGACGUCCCCCUGUCCCGGCAGUGGGACCUGGUCUGUGGCUACCGGCAGCUGCGGCAGAUGGCCCAGUCCAUCUACAUGGCCGGGGUCCUGGUGGGCGCCCUGGUCCUGGGGGGCCUCUCGGACAGGUUUGGGCGCAAGGCCAUGUUGAUGUGGUCCUACCUGCAGCUGGGGGUGAUGGGGACCUGCACGGCCUUCGCCCCCAACUACGCCUCCUACUGCGUCUUCCGCUUCGCCGGGGGGAUGGCGCUGUCCGGCUUCGGCCUCAGCAUCGCCUGCCUGGUGGUGGAGUGGAUCCCCACGCCGUACCGCGCCAUCACCGUGGCCAUCACCGGCUUUGCCUACACCCUGGGCCAGAUCAUCCUGGCCGGCGUGGCCUACGCCGUCCCCCACUGGCGCUGGCUCCAGCUCUCCGUCUCCCUGCCCUUCUUCGUCUUCCUCCUCUACUCCUGGUGGUUGGCGGAGUCGGCGCGGUGGUUGGUGCUGUCGGGCAAGGCCGACCGGGCGGUGAAGGUCCUGCAGCGCGUGGCCACCUUCAACAACCGCAGGGAGGAGGGGGAGAAGAUCACGGUCGAGAUGUUGAAGUCCAACAUGAAGGAGGAGUUGGCAGCUCUGAAAUCCUCCUACACCGUCUCCGACCUGGUCCGGACCCCCGUGAUCCGCCACAUCUUCUUCUGCCUCUCCAUGUUCUCCAUCAGUUUCUCCUACUACGGCUUGGCCAUGGACCUUCAGACACUUCGGGGUCAGCAUUUACUCAUCCAGGUGAUUUUCGGCGCCGUUGAUUUCCCGGCCAAGGUGGUGGUGACCGUGUCCCUGAGCUACGUCGGCCGGCGGCUCUCGCUCGUGGUGGCCUUGUUCUUGGCGGGGCUGGUCAUCGUGGCCAACAUCUUUGUGCCCACAGAGCUGCAGACGGUGCGCACGGCGCUGGCCGUCAUCGGCAAGGGCUGCCUGUCCGCCUCCUUCAACUGCGUCUUCCUCUACACCACCGAGCUCUACCCCACCCCCAUCAGGCAGACGGGGCUGGGCUUCGGCAGCACCAUGGCGCGCGUGGGCGGCAUCGUGGCGCCGCUGGUGAAGAUGAUGGACGAGUACUACCCCUUCCUCCCCCCCGCCGUCUACGGGGUGUUCCCCGUGGUGGCAGCCGUGGCGGCCGCGUUCCUGCCCGAGACCCUCAACACGCCCCUGCCCGACACCAUCGAGGAGGUGGAGAACAGGUGGGCACAGGGAGGGG